AUGCUCUUGUUGCAGAAGAUCACGGCCCUGGUUGGGUGGACCGUCGCCCUCGUCCUCUCCCUGUUGGUUGAGUCCUGUCGUCCACAGAAGCUCAACGUCCACUGGGGUCCUCAGUCCAUGAUGUACUUGAAGGGAAAACAUGGCAGGAGGUUCGUGUCGGAGGACGACCGCGGCGUCCUGACGCAGGGUCUGCAGGGCUGGUACGCGCUGCUCAGAGGAACCCUAAAGCUGCAGGCCCCGGACAUCAGUAAACGCAGACACAUUGUGAGGUCAGAGAAGGUCCUCAUCCACUACCUCCAGGAGCGAUGAGACACCCAGAGUCCCACCGUGUCCACCUGGGACACACACAACUUACACCACAGCGGUUCUAUCAGGUGUGACAGGUGGAGGUGGAGGGUGGUGCCAAAGGGAACACCAGCGGCUUGUUGUCUCGCUCAUUGUACAGAAGAACCUAAAUGCUUUGAAUAAAUGUUGGGAGAUGGUCUGUAAACGUUUCCGGUCUUGACCUCUACGGCUGCCGUGUGUCCUCAUGACCACUAGAGGGGGUCGUUUGAUCGCAGAACACCUGAUGGUGCUUUUAUCCUCACAAAGGUGUAGAUUUUCUCUUUAUUCUUCCCCACAUCACUUCAGUCCACUAACCCACCCGAUAAGGUGAUGAACCAGAUGUGCACGUCUGUAUAUAAGGAUGUGAAAUAUGCACAAACAGAGAGAUGAACCCUUCAUUCAUAAGUUGUUGUGGAGGGAAGCUCGCUGGACGCCAACAGCCGGCGUUAUUUGCAUCCUGAGCGCGGCGUCCUCGAUGAUGAGCCUCUGUCAUCCCCUCGGAUCUCAACUGUGGAGCCAAGCUGAGCAAACGUCAUUUAGUGAAUGAAGCAUCAUAAGACACACGGCGUGAUGUAUGUUUUUUUUGUACAUUUGUUGUAAUUGUUUCACAACCUUUAUGGUGAAUCGGCAAAAUAAUUAGAAUCUCUGUGUGUAAGAAGCCAACAAAAUGCCCUUGUUGCAUCAAAUACCUCAAGUGGUGCUUUUUUAAACUUAAAUUAAAUGCAAAGCACUAGAUUGAA